UCACCCUCACCUCGCUGCUUCACAGCUUCACUCACUCCUUCAUGGUUCGUCAUUAUUGUAUGAACAGCACUGUAUCGUCGCGGAUUCUGCGAUUCUGAGGUUCCCAUUCAUUCUGCUGGCUUCUCCCUACCUCAAAUGGGCUGUGACGUGACGCGGAUGGAGUGGGAUGAUGAAAAUGGGAUGGGAUGGAGUCAUGGGACCAAAGCAAUGCACCAAGUUCUGAAGCAAGCAACCACCCAACGCGACUUGAUCGAGAGAGGGUUGACGUGAUAAUUAGUACACGUGUAUGCAGUCGAGAAUGCGUGCGGAAGGGGAAAGCGCCUCUGGCGUACCUGGUUCGGUGACCGUGCGAACCUGUCGAUUAUGUCCUCCUCAGGACGCGUAGAGGGACAAUUUGGCUUACUUCCGCGAAGUUCUUAUGAAUUUUCGGCCAUCGUUUCUCACCGCGCUACAUCCGUGAUUCUCAUGGUUGAUUGUUAUUCUAAGUUUCCAAUGCCAUACGACUUAAGCGUGAUCCGAUGCGGCAAAGAGUAGGCAAAGAGAGAAAGCCGACAUAGAAAUCUACCGCGCAUGGCAUAGGCGACCUUAGUAGUAGCAAUUAGAUUUCAGCAAGUUUUGCAAGCGAUUAGUAUUUGCAAGCGAUUGGCUGGGAUUAUUUGAAGUCCCUACCGGCGCCGAGUCGCCGACAAUGUGGCUCGUAGAGGUGCCAGGAUGGGUCUCCGAGGCUUCCGAGUUCAAGGAUGCUUUAGAAGCUUCCUGGUCGGUUCUUCAGCAAGUGCUGACGCUGGCUGCGUCCCCUCAGGCGCAGCAGCAUCGCCAGCGGCAGCAAAGAAACCACUCUUCCGCUCCGCCGUCCAAGCUUGAGGUCAAUGCUGACGUACUAAUUAUUGUUCUUGUAUCGGUUGUGACAUGUCCGAAUGGUCGAAACCCCUCGGAAGCGUCACGUGCUCCGGGUUCAGCCAGUUUGAGCGACAUAAACCGUGGCGACGACUCGGCGAAGAUAUGCCGUGGCGGUAACAGCGACGAAAGCCGUGGCGAUGACUCGGCGACGGAGGAUCGGAUCUGGAGGCACCUGUUGAAGCCUCUGCUGCAGCGAGCCAUGGCCAUGGGCAAGGCAAUGGUGAUCGGCCACGUGGAGCGCAGCACCUCUCGAGCGGGCGGCCUCUGUGCCGCCGCUAGCUGGUUCUCCGCCUCUCGCCUCUACACAGCGUCCGCAUCUCACUCCCUUGCUGCUAACGGUGCUGCUGCUGCCGCCGCUGUUGACGCUGCUGCUGCUGCUGCUGCUGCAGCUGCUGCCGCUGACUCUGCGAAGCCUCCGCCCUUCUCCUCCGCGCUUCUCCUUCCGCCAGACUUUUCCAGGAGCCUGCCGUCAGCCUGCAAGCUCGCUACAAUCACACCGUGGAAUACUCACUCGCGGAACGGCUCGCUGACAGGGAUAGACGAGAACGGGCCUAACGAUGGGGCAAGUGGCGGGGGGAGCAGGUGGAGUAUGAGCAGUGGCGAAAGCAGCGUUAGCAGGAACAGUCGUAGCAGUGGCAGUAGCAGUAGCAGUGGCAGUGGCAGUACCGGUGCCAGUGGUAGCAGCAGCAGCAGCAGCACCUCCUCUUCCUCUUCCUCCUCCUCCUCCACCCCCUCAUCCGAGCAGACUCGCUACGAGCUGACUCGCCAUCCGUGGCACGAGCAGGCGAAGCAAAGAAGCUUCAAGGAACGUGCGCCCCUGCCGUCCCUGCAGCAGCAGCUGCUGCAGGUGCGGAGGCCCACGCUCACACCACCACUCCAACGCCGGUACGUUCAGAGUGCUGAGCCAGGCAACACUACCAGCAGCACCAGCACCACCGCCGCCAGUAGCAGUAGCAGCAGCAGCAGCAGCGGCAGCAGCAGCAGCAGCAGUAGCAGAAGCAGAAGCAUCGGAAGCACCACCACCACGGGCACCAGCGCCGCCCCUAUUGGAACUGCCAGCAGCAGCAGCAGCAGCUCUACUAUAAGCAAGGCUGCAGGCCCUGCAGGCUCUGCCGUGAUCCCCUUCGCCUCCCUGCUUCCCACCAUCUUAGACGCUUCAGACUCUCUUAUAUUAGACGCGCCUAGUGAUCCUGCCGUCCAUACCACCGUCUCAGACGCCCCAGGUUCUCUCAUCAGAUUCCCUUCCUUCCAGGGAGGCUCGGAGCACCUGGGCUCAGGUGGUACUUCAGAUGAAAACAGCACAGGCGUGGGGUUGGACUCAAGGGUUUUGGCAGCAGAAGUGCCAGCAGCAGGGUCCGCUCGUGCUGGUGGUGGUGGUGCUACUGCUGCUUCUGGUGCUCGGACUGCUGGGAGGAACCGACAGAGAGGCCUCAGCAGGAGCAGCAGUCUGGACAGAAUCGAUUUUGCCGACUGGGAAGGCCAGCUGGAAGGGGGCGGAGGCGGGGUGACAGCUACGAGUGGGCGCUGCAACCCCCUGCUUGCUUCAGACGCCCCCUGUCCGCCCGGUGCUAGAGGUGAGGGCGUUCGGGAGCACCGGGAUGGCGAGGCAAGCAGCGGAGGGAGUAGAGAAGCAGGAGCUGGAGGGAAAGACGAGGUAGUGCUGGUGUUGGAGGGAGGAGGUAGUGUUGGGCGCGGGAGGGCGGCAGCGGGUGAGGCAGGGGGGCAGGUCCUGGGGGGGGUGAUGGCGGUGGCGAUGGCGCAGCAGCAGGGGCGGGACGUGGUGAAAGCAGGCAUGUUCUUCCGCGCGCUGAGGAAGCAGCAGCUGCGGAGGGACUUGAGAGGCGCGGGGGGAGUAGGGGGCGCGGGGGGCGUGGGGCGCGUGGGGCGGGUGGGGAGUGCUGGGUCUCUCGUGUUGCCCGUUGUUCUGGAGGACUGUCGACAGUCUGACGAGCAGCAGGCAGAGGGGCGGCAGGUAGAGAAACAGCAGGUGGAGGUGAAGGCUGAGAGCAAAGCGGAGGCGGUUGUGGGCUCGUGGAGAAAGCAGUGGGCGCAUGGACGGAAGAUAGGGCACGAGAAACGGCGAGGGAGAGGAGAGGUGGGUGUGGGGGAGGGCGACAGGGGGAUGAAGAAGGCGCGAAGCUUCCCAGACAUUGCUGCACAGUCGCCCGAGCAGUGCAUUCCUCCUCGGCGCACCUCCCUCUGUGCAACGCAAGAAGCGGUCUUUUCCAACCCCUGGGCCGCUGUCAGUAGUGGAACCACCAGCACCAGCACCAGCACCAGCUCCAGCAGCAGCAGCAGCAGGGGAGCCGUCAUUGGAGGCUUUCCCCUGCACCUGCGUGGGAGCACUGUAGCAGUCACUGCAGGAGCGGAAGAGCAGGCUCGGAGACGGUUCCAGGGGGCAGUGGGUGCAGCAGGCAUUUGCAGAGAUGGGGAGAGGGAUGGGGAGAGGGAUGGGGAGAAGGAUGGGGAUGAACAGGAGGAGAAAUCGACAGCACAAGAGAUGACUCGGAGGCUGUUGCAGGAGGCGUUGGGCCUGUUGGCCGAUGGGGAUGGGGAGGGAAAUACGGAGGGGGGGGAAUUGUCCGCAGCAGAGUUGGCGAGGCGGCGGCUGCAGGAGGCCCUGGUGGGGGGCGAGGAGGGUGGUGAGGAGGGGGGGUUGACAGCGGCGGAGAUGGCGAGGCGGCGGUUGCAGGAGGCCCUGGGGGAGGGCGAGGAGGAUGGGGAUGACUGGCUGGGGGACGACUUGGGGCUGGGGGCGGCUGUGGUGGCUGCCCGACGGAUUUCUAUGAAUAGCUGGUCGUCUGGCGCCAUGCCCUCGCGCACGAGCAUGCACUUAAACGGCUUUCUCUGCAAGGAGAUGGAAGAGCUGGCGCAGCGCCUGCACAGGGAGGAAGCGGGGGCAGGGGGUGGUGGGGGGGGGUCAGCAUGGGGGUCAGAAACCAACAGCACCAGCAGCAGCAGAAGCAUUUUUGAUCGGGCGACUGCAGAAGACGGGUCAGCAGACAGCGCAGCAGCGAAUGUAUCAGGGUUACAUUCGGGGCAACAGCAGCGACAGCAGCAGCAGGAGCAACAGCAGCAACAGCAGCAGCAGCAGCAGGAGCAGAUUCAUCCCCCCUGGCAGCAGCAGCAGCAGCAGGGGGGCAGUCUCGAGUCUUCCCUGCUGGGGAAAAGCCUCCGCCGUGUCUCCUUCUCAGUCUUUACCGGGGAGAGCGAGGGGCGGGAGGAGAGAAGUGGGGAGGAGGGCGGCACAGGGCGGGAGGACGUGGAAGGGGAGAGGCAGAGAAGGAGCAGCCACAGCGUGCAGCGGUCCUUGGGGGGUGAGAGACAGCAGCAGCAGCAGCAGCAGCAGCAGCAGCAGCAGCAGCAGCAGCAGCAGCAGCAGCAGCAGGGGCGGCAGGAGGGCAAGGGCGUGUGGGGAAUGCAACAAGCGCUGCACCUGCAGAAUGGGAGCAGUGGGACUUCCCUUCACGACGCAGCAACGCCUGCUGCUGCUGAAGAGAAAAAUAGUGGUGUUUCCUCUUCCUCCUCGGCCCCGUCCCCUCCCCCCUGCCUGCUCUUCUCCCCUGCUGACCUAGCCACAAUCACAAACGGCUUUGCCGAGGCGAACUUUCUUGGAAGCGGGGCGUACGGGCCUGUGUACCGCGGCCUGCUGGAGCCGUCCAAUCACGGCACUCCACCUGGCACUGGCGAGGACGCAGCUGCUGCUGAAGAGAAAAAUAGUGGUGGCGGUGGUGGUGGUGCUGCUGGUUGUGGUGGUGGUAACCAUAGUAGCAGCAGCUGUAUGGAUGGUAACAAUAGUCGAAAGGCCGACACCCAGGGAAUGGAGGUGGCUGUGAAGGUGCACCGGUCAUCUAGCAAUCAGGGCAUAGAGGCGUUCGUCAGGGAAGUGGAUAUCCUGCUGCGAGUGCGGCACCCGCACAUAGUGCGCCUGGUGGGGCGGUGCGACCACGACCUGUCCCUUGUGUAUGAGUUCAUGGGGGGGGGAAGUUUGCAGGACCAGCUGCUACGGGCCAAGCAGGGGGAAGCAGAAGCAGCCGCGGCAGCAGCAGCAGCAGAGCUAGGAGUAGCACAAUCAGCAGCAGUGGCUGCAGUGUCCAAAGACGCUGCAGGAGCAGCAUCACCCGCCUGCCCCUCACCUCCCCCCCCAUUCCCUCUCCCCCUCCGCCUCACCUGGCGGGAUCGCAUGCGCAUCGCAGCAGAAAUCGCCUCGGCGCUGCUCUGCCUGCACCAAUCUCAGCCGCCCAUACUCCACCGCGACUUAAAGCCCGACAACGUCCUCCUCGACCAAUCGCGCACCAGCAAGGUUGCUGACGUGGGCCUUUCCUGCGUCGUUCCGUCCUCCAAUGUCGUGUUUACCAGGAAGGUGCGCGGAACCAUCGGGUUUAUCGACCCAGAGGCGGUGGAGUCGGGGGAGCUGACGAUUAAGUCGGAUGUGUAUGCGUACGGGGUGGUGCUGCUGCUGCUGCUGACCCGCUUCCCUGCUGCUAGGGAUGUUCAUAGGUAUCUCAGCUCGCUGCCUUCUGACGUCCUGAGGAGCCCUGCCCAUGCUGCUGCUGUUAUUACGGAGAAGGGAAGCGGCAGCAGCGGCGGCGGCGUCAGCGGCAGUGGCAGUGGCAGUGGCGGCAUGAGCAGCAAUGAAACAAGCAACAGCAGCAGCAGCAGCAGCAGCAGCAGCAGCAGCAGCAUGGGCCAGUUGGACCCAUCCGCAGGGGAGUGGGACGUACGGUUGGCACAGCGGCUGGUGGUGGUGGCACUCAAGUGUCUGGAGAGAUCGUCGGAGCGACGGCCGGGUAUGGAGGAAGUGAUGGGGGAGGUGGAAGCAGUGGCAAGAGAGGCGGCUAUGGGUGCACAGUGAGUGGCGCCGCAGAGGUUCACACACACAUGUGAGGUUGGCUCACCGGCUGGUGCUGGUUGCAUUUAGGUCUCUAGACGGAGCGUCGGUGCGACAACCGGGUAUGGUAGAAGUGAUGGGGGAGGUGGGAGCAGAGGCGGGAGAGGCGGCUAUGGGUGCAGAGUGAGGGGCGUGAGCAGAGGCUUGACACACACGAGUGGGUUGGGGUUGCUCACCCGCUGCUGCUGCUGCUGCUGGUGGCAGUUACAUGUCUAGAGAGAGCAUCAGAGUUUUGGCUGGGUAGGGAGGUGGAAGCAGUGGCGGGAGAUGUCGCUAUGGGUGCAAAGUGAGUGGUGUGAGCCACUCGUCUGGUGGUGGCUCAACACACACGAGUGGGGUUCACUCACCGGCUGCUGCUGGUGGCACUCAAGUGUCUAGAAAUAUCGUAGCAUCAUAGUUAUGGCCGGGUAUGGGAGAGGUGGGGGAGGUGGAAGCAGCAGCGAACGAGGCUUUGAAGGGAGUGAAUGAAGUGAGGCUGCUGCUGGUGGCGCUCACAGCCCUCCCUGGGAUGGGGGAGAGGGCUUGGAUGAACUGAACUGUAGUCCCAUCCCGACUUAUGUAAACGUUCUUUGAGCAGGAUGUGCCCAGUUGAAGGCACGUCUGAAGCACACCUAAUGUGGAAUAAUGCAAAAGUGAUGGUCGUGCUGGAUUAUUUGUUACUGAUGUAGGCCUGCCUUUAAUACCUUACAUUAC